AAGUCGGGAUAAGGAAUCCAUUUGAGUUCUCGUCUUCCACCGACAACAAGCAGCACAUCUUCCAUUCCAUCCCAUCCCAUCCCAUCCUUCACGGUGUAAGCAGUGAUGACUCCGCCACUGCCUCCUCCCCUCGCGAGGCUCAUAGCCACAUGCCCUCCUUCCACCCUCGCGCUCGCUGCGGUGCGCGCCACUGUUCCCACGACUGCCACGCUCGUCGUGGUGCCACCGCCGUCCAAGCGCGCGUCGGCCACUCUGGGGAGGCGGGAAGGCCUGGCCGCCGCAUGCUUCGCCGCCCUCACUCUCUCCCUCGCUAGACCCGCCUCCGCCACCAUACUGGAGGCGGACGACGACGAGGAGCUCUUGGAACGGGUGAAGCAGGAUCGGAAGAAAAGACUGCAGAGACAGGGCGUCAUCAGCUCCUCCGACAAGGAAAAAGGUUAUCUGCAAGAAGUAAUCUACAAGUUAAGCAAAGUGGGCCAAGCUCUUGAGAAUGCUGAUCUCACUGCAGCAAGUUCUCUUCUAGGGCCAAGCACCGAUGCUGACUGGGUUAAAAAUGUCAAUGCAGCCUUUGCUAAGCUAAGCACUAGCCCUGAAGAGAAAACUGAGGUGGACAACUUCAAUUCUUCUUUGACUUCCUUGUUUACAUCAGUUGGUGAUCGUGACAUUGAGUCUUCCAAAUUGGCAUUUGUAUCAUCUGCAAGUGCAUUGGAGAAAUGGGUAGGAUUUGCUGGCUUAGUUGGCCAGCUGAAAGGCCUCUAAGUGAAUGGAGCCAUUCAGCAUAAAAUGCUACAUUUCGUUUCUUCUCUAUUCUUUCUUGUACUAAUGUUGGAUUUUUUUUUUUUGGUGUUUCUAUUUUUGGUUGCCCUGAGUUGAUUGACUUACUAAGUUUCUUUUUCGGUAUUUUGUCUAUGAAGCAGCUAUCUCUCCUUGUGAGUUCAUAGUUAGUACAGCUUAGUUAUGGCAUCUAAGUUAAGCCAAUGUACAAUAUCUCUGGUUUAAAGCAUUAUGUUCUUUGUGCCUA